AUGAGAUCUUCCCUGUGUUUCUGGUUGUGGCAUAGGAAGGGGAUGUGUUGAUUCUCAGCAUUAAACAACAUUUUUGACAUUCAGGAUUGACUUCUAAAGAUUCAUGAUACAUGAAGAAGAAGCCCAGAAGACGAGGAGGAGGGAAGCGGAGGAUUCAGGAAUGGCUCUUACUCAGGGACAGUUGACAUUCAGGGAUGUGGCCAUAGAAUUCUCUCAGGAGGAGUGGAAGUGCCUGGACCCUGCUCAGAGGGCUUUAUACAAAACCGUGAUGUUGGAGAACUACUGGAAUCUGGUCUCCCUGGGAAUCUCUAGUUUUGACAUGAAUAUUAUCUACAUGUUAGAGGAAGGGAAAGAGCCCUGGACUGUGGAGAGCCAAAUGAAAACUGCAAGAAAACCCAAUAGAUGGAAAUAUAGCAAAGGUACAAUCACAGAUCUUUCUCCUGAAUUUGUUGUCAAAGAUUUACUACCAAAAGGGAAAAGUGUUGCAGGAGAAAUAUUCCAAACAGUGAUGUUAGAAAGACAUGAAAACCAUGACAUUGAAGAUGUUUCCUUCAGAGAAAUCCAGAAAAAUAUAUUUGACUUUGAGUGUCAGUGGAGAGAUGAAGAAGGAAAUUAUAAAGGAGUGCUCAUGACCCAGAACAAAAAUCUCACUGGUAGCAGAGGCCAACAGGAUAGAAGAGAUGCAGGAAACAAGGGUAUUAGUGACCAGCUUGGGUUAAACUUACAUUCACAACUAUCUGAACUGCAGCUGUUUCAAGGUGAAAGGACAGGGUAUGAAAGUCAUCAAGUUGAGAAGUCUGCCAGCUGUGGUUCUUCAGUGUCCUCACAUCAACCAAUUCCUUCUCCUGUCAGAACUCACAAUUCUAAAAAAUAUACAAAUGAAUUUAGCUAUCUUGCAUUAUUCACGCAAGGACAAAAAGCGAACAAUUGGGGAAAACCUUACAAAUGUAAUGAAUGUGGCAAGGUGUUCACUCAAAAUUCACACCUUACAAGUCAUAAAAGAAUUCACAGUGGAGAAAAACCCUACAAAUGUACUGAAUGUGGGAAAACCUUCAGUGUUCGUUCAAACCUAACUAUCCAUCAGGUAAUCCACACUGGAGAAAAACCUUACAAAUGUAAUGAAUGUGGCAAGGUCUUCAGUCAGCCUUCAAACCUUACGGGUCAUAGGAGAAUUCAUACUGGAGAGAGACCUUACAAGUGUAAUGAGUGUGGGAAAACCUUUAGAGGACAUUCAAAUCUAACUACCCAUCAAUUAAUCCAUACUGGGGAAAAGCCUUUCAAAUGUAAUGAAUGUGGCAAGCUCUUCACUCAAAAUUCACACCUUGCAAGCCACUGGAGGAUUCACACUGGAGAGAAACCUUACAAGUGCAGUGACUGUGGCAAAGCCUUUAGUGUUCGUUCAAGCCUUGCUAUUCAUCAGACAAUUCAUACCGGAGAAAAACCUUACAAAUGUAAUGAAUGCGGAAAGGUAUUUAGGUACAACUCCUAUCUUGGAAGGCAUCGUAGAAUUCAUACUGGAGAGAAACCUUACAAGUGCAAUGAUUGUGGCAAAGCCUUUAGUAUGCAUUCAAACCUAACUACCCACCAGGUCAUCCAUUCUGGGAAAAAACCUUUCAAGUGUAAUGAAUGUGGCAAGGUUUUCACUCAAAAUUCACAACUUGCAAAUCAUCGAAGAAUUCAUACUGGAGAGAAACCUUAUAAGUGUGAUGAGUGUGGGAAAGCUUUUAGUGUGCGUUCAAGCUUAACUACCCAUCAGGCGAUUCAUACUGGAGAGAAACCUUACAAAUGUAUCGAGUGUGGCAAGGGCUUCACUCAAAAGUCACACCUUACAAGUCAUCAGGGAAUUCAUUCUGGAGAGAAACCUUACAAGUGUAAUGAAUGUGGCAAAGUCUUCAGUCAAACUUCACAGCUUGCAAGGCAUUGGAGAAUUCAUACUGGAGAGAAACCUUACACAUGUAAUGAGUGUGGAAGAGCUUUCAGUGUUCGGUCAAGCCUAACUCUUCACCAAGCUAUACACACUGGACAAAAACCUUACAAAUGUCAUGAAUGUGGCAAGGUCUUUAGGCACAAUUCAUAUCUUGCAACUCAUCGAAGAAUUCAUACUGGAGAGAAACCUUACAAGUGUAAUCAGUGUGGCAAAGCCUUUAGUAUGCAUUCGAACCUAACUACCCAUCAGGUCAUCCAUACUGGAGAAAAACCUUACAAGUGCAGUGAAUGUGGCAAGGUCUUCACUCAAAAUUCACACCUUGCAAAUCACCGAAGAAUUCAUACUGGAGAGAAACCUUACAGAUGCAAUGAGUGUGGGAAAGCCUUUAGUGUUCGCUCAACACUAACUACCCAUCAGGCGAUCCAUACUGGGAAAAAACCUUACAAAUGUACUGAAUGUGGUAAGGUCUUCACUCAAAAUUCACACCUGGCAAAUCACCGAAGAAUUCAUACUGGAGAGAAACCUUACAGGUGUGUAGUGUGUGGGAAAGCUUUUCGUGUACGUUCAAGCCUCACUACCCACCAGGCAAUCCACACCGGAGAAAAACCUUAUAAAUGUAAUGAAUGUGGCAAGGUUUUCAGGCAAAGUUCAAACCUUGCAAGUCAUUGCAGACUUCAUAGUGGAGAGAAACCUUACAAAUGAGUGCGGCAUUAUCAUCAGUCAUACAUAGGUCACUCCUUUCAGAAUAUUAGAGAACUCAUUCUUGAGAGAAUGACUAUGGCCAGUCCUUCAUAAGUCAAUAGCAAGGCAGUUGAUGAUGAGGGACAUCAUGUAAAUGUACAUGGCAGAGGCUUUGUCUAAGCCUCAGAGCUCACUGGGCGUCAAAAUACACAUAUUCGAUGAAACUACACAAAUGUCAUGUGUAUGGUGAUGUCAUUGCCCAGUAACUGCAACUGUAGGUGAAGAUUCCUAUGAAGAACAACUGUCUCUAGUUUCCCAAUUAAACUUUGAUAUUUUAUACUGCAGAAAUAUACAAGUCCAAAUAUUUAAAACUUUUCAUAUAUUAUUAAAGAUCACAGGAUGUUUGUACAUGGCCAGUUACCUUCAGGUAGUAAAAUGUUUUAUUGAAUUAUUUAGGGCUUCUUGGAAAGAUUAUAGGCAGGG